UCAAUGUUUUGAUUUGAUCGAAAUAGAUUCGAAUGUUUUAUUUCAUCAUUAUUUUUCAUUCAUUUUAUUGUUCAACUAAGCAAAAAUAACAUUCAAACAAUCCGAGUUUUGUUUUCUUGCUCAUUACCUUUUUUUUCAAGUUUGUUUGUUUAAUAUUUCACAUUUUUUGGUAUAGAAUUCAAUAAGUAUAGAAAAAUGAGCUGGUUUGGCGGUGGUGGUAAAAAAGAAUCGAAAACCGAUGCUGCUCGUAGUAAUCAACGUGAAAUAUCACGGGCACAACGUCAAGUUCAACGUAGUAAUGCCGAAUUGGAACGUGAAGAAAAAAAGCUAGAAUUACAAAUUAAACAAUUAGCUAAGCAAGGUCAAACACAAGCUUGUAAAAUGUUGGCCAAACAAUUGGUACAGAUUAGACAGCAAAAAACUCGAAAUAUGAUGGCCAAUACAAAAAUCGGCGCCAUUGGUUCGCAAACUAAAAUGAUGGGAGCUAAUAGUGCAUUGGCAAACGCAAUGGCCAGUAGUACUGAUGCAAUGAAAGCUUCUAAUGAACAAAUGAAUCCGGAACAACUUGGUGGAAUUCUUAGAAAUUUUGCUCAAGAAAAUCAAAAAAUGGAUAUGAUGGAUGAAAUGAUGGAAGAAUCAUUGAAUGAUAUACUUGGUGAUUCGGAUGAUGAACAAGAACAGGAUUUGGUUGUCAAUAAAAUUCUCGAUGAAAUUGGUAUCGAAAUGUCGGGCAAGCUUUCCAAAGUCAAAACACCAGAUAAUGAUCUUGAUAUUGAUAUCGAUGAAUUGAUUGGCAAUAAAAAUAAAACCAAAGCUUCGAAACAAAAAAUUUAGAUUCGAAUUUCUAAUUCGCCAGUUGAAUUCAAUGUUGAAUUUUAUUUUAUUUUGUUUUUUUUAAUCAAUUUCCAUUAUUAACAUUGUUUUGUUGU